AUGUUUUUAGUCUAAACUUUCUAAAACAUGGAUGCAUUAGUAUUCUUCAUUUUAGCACUAUUUUCACUUUCUUCUACAUUAUUUAUAAUUGAAGCAAGUAAAAUCCAAAGUGGGUUUAGUGUUGAUCUUAUUCACCGUGAUUCACCUAUGUCACCUUUUUAUAACCCUUCAAUGUCCAAAUUAGAUCUCAUAAGAAAUGCAGCAUUUCGUUCAAAAACUAGACUAACUAGAUUUUCUCAUUCCCUUUCUCUAUUAUCAAAUGAAAAUUUCCAAUCAACUGAAUCUAUUAUAAAACCAAAUAAUGGUGAUUAUCUUAUGAGAAUUUAUAUAGGAACACCCCCUGUUGAAAAACUUGCUAUUUUUGAUACAGGUAGUGAUCUUACUUGGGUACAAUGUUCCCCUUGUAUCAAUUGUUUUGCACAAGACACACCAUUAUAUGAUAGAACCAAAUCUUCAUCUCAUACAAAUCUAACAUGUGACACACAAUCUUGCACAUUACUCCCUAAAAAACAACAAUUUUGUGGAAAAUCACAAGAAUGUUUAUACUCAUACCAUUAUGGUGAUAAAUCAUUUUCUGUUGGUGAAUUAGUUGUGGAUUCCAUUAGUUUUGGUUCUAAUAGUGGUGUUGAUGUUAAUAAUGUUGACAUGACAUUUCCCAAGUCUAUUUUUGGAUGUGGAUAUUACAAUAUUUUCACAGCUGAUAAUAGUGGUAAAACAUCAGGACUUGUUGGUUUAGGAGCAGGACCAUUGUCACUAGUUUCGCAACUAGGUCAUUCUAUCGGUCGAAAAUUCUCGUAUUGUUUGGUUCCUUUUGGUUCAAACUCGACUAGUAAAUUGACGUUUGGGAAUCAAUCAACUAUAACGGGUAAUGAAGUUGUGUCUACUCCCCUCAUAAUCAAAUCUCUUGAACCAACUUUUUACUUCGUUAACCUCGAAGGUAUUACUAUUGGACAAAAAACAAUUCAGACAGGUCAAAUCGAUGGCAACAUAAUCAUUGAUUCAGGGACAACGUUGACGUAUCUUGAACAACCCUUUUUCGAUGAUUUUGUAACUUCCGUGAAGGAAGCUAUUGGUCUUGAGGAAGCGGUAGAUAUUCCAUCUCCGUUCCACUACUGUUUUGAAGAUCCAAAUUCGAUGUUUCCUUCUAUUGUGUUGCAUUUUACAGGAGCAAACGUUCCCUUGCAGCCGAAGAAUGUGCUUUUAUUGGAAGAGAAUAACUUGGUAUGCUUAGCAAUAGUACCUUCAAAUAUUGCAGGAAUUUCCAUCCUUGGAAAUUUGGCUCAGAUUGAUUUUCAAGUAGAGUACGAUCUUGAUGGGAAAAAACUUUCUUUUGCCCCUAGUGAUUGUACAAAGAAUUAAUUUAUCGUUAAGCCUUAUAAGGCUAUGCUUUUUUUAUUUGACAAAAUAAUUUAUGGUUAUUUAGUUUGUCUUUGGUUUUCUGUUAACAAAGCUAUUAGUAUCAAUCAACUCUGUUAAGUUCUAUUUUGUUAA